CUCUCUCUCUCUCUCUCUCUGCGUGUGUCACACAGUUAGUUUCAGUACAGAGAGCACAGCGUGUGGACGUAUCUGUCCUGUUUACUCCAUGCCUGAACAGCGCAGGCUGAGACAAUCACAAUGCAUGUGAGACAUGACCAACAUGGCCCUGUGGGAUAGCACGAGCAGUUUAUGCAGCAUGGAGUCAACAGUCGGCUGCUCCCCGACAGUCCCAGAGGCCGAGCUGUACCGCAGCAUCCAGGCUCUGCUGCCCAGGGAAACAGACCAACAACAGCCGCCAGACUAUUUCAACAAAGGCAUGCUGAGAUGGACACUUCACAAAAAGGUUCAAAACAAUCCUGCAAACAGCUUAACUCUGCUCUGGGUGCUGAUAAAAGAGCUGGAGAAGGCUGAGAGAUGGGACUCCCGCAAAUGCAUCAUCCCCCUGCUCCACACACUGAUGUAUGCCAUCAUUCAGACAGCCUUCAUUCCAGACGAGCUGUACAAGAGGAUAUAUGCAUUUUGUAAAAGACUCCUGACCUUCCCUCAGCCCUACUGCACUUUAGGCCUCAGCUACGCGAGACAGAUCAGAACAGAACGGGUUGUUCCAGGUCUGAUGUAUCGGAGGAUGGUCACAGCAGAGCAGAGACUAAAGAGUGAACACUAUCCCUUUCAGGAGAGGGUCUUUGUUUUUGCGGAUCCAGAAAUCUUCUCUGGUUCUUUGGGAAAAGUCCUUAUGGGGGAUAUCGAGGCGUCUGCAUCAGCUGCAGGUGGAUGUCUGAGUCCUCUAGAUCACAUGCGCAGCGUGGUCCAACACUCCAUCCAGGCUGCUUUAGGAGCAAAGCAGUGCGACGGGCCGAAACUGGCUCAAGCGCUGAAGGACAUGGGCCAAGACGUGGAGACGCACUUUCAGGAAGUGACGGCGACUGUGGAGCAGAGCGCGGAGGAAGGUGUCAAGGGGGAGGGUGCAGCGCUGAGGGGGCGUCUUCAGCAGCUGUACAGCGAGAUCGUCUCUGAUGCAGAUUCAGAGCCAUUGUCUGUCGGCGGCCCGCUGUGUGACUGCCCUCUCCCUAACCCUGACAUGAGCUUCCACCUGUGGAUGGAGGAUCUGGAUAUCUGGCGAGUGCUGACCAAGUGGUUGCGAUCGAGCUCCACGUCGGAGCAGUUCUCCCUCAGCCAGGAGGACCCCGAGCUGGGCGAGUCUCCCAGCGAGCUGACGCCCUCCGACAUGACGCGCUUCUCCAUCAUGUCCAACGACAGCGGCAUCGAGAGAGACCUGCCCCCCGGCGCUGACCCCUCCCUGUCGUCGUCUCUGGACUCUGCCAGCCUGAGUGCACCACUGGAGCAAUGCAAGAGCGAGCAAGACUCGAGGCUGUCCCGACGUAAAGCCAUCAAGAUGAAGCCGACGAUGAAGGACAACAUGCUGCUGAUGCAGGACACUUUGGAGGACCACGCAAGCCAGGUGGGAGGAGGGAGGGGGGGAGAGAGAGGCUCGACUCGGCAGAGGAUGGUGGGAAGCAGCGUCCUGCGACACUCCUUCAACAAGCAGCAGAAACACUUCACUGCCAGGAUAGUCGCCAUGGGAGACGACAGGGUGCUCGGACGCCUCGCUAAGGCUUACUACUUCUUCAGGAAAAGGGAAGCGCGGAAGCUUUUUCUUGCAAUGAAAGUCAACCUCCAGUUUUACUACAUCCCUGUUUGCAAGCCCACAACUUCCAUCUCCCCCAGCAAGAAAAAUGUCCCUGAGUUGAAGGGAAAGCUCUGCUCUCUGGGCUCCUACCUGAGCAUGGUGGACCCAUGGUACAACACAAACAUCAAGGGACUAGGCUGCAUGAUUCCCAAACUGGCAGCAAUGCAACAAGCAAACGCAAGUAUGCCGAAAGACCCCAUCGUGUCUGAUGUCAUAUCGUACUACGUCCGAACCGGCCAGCAGUCCGUCUACUUCACCAUCUACUUUGUUAAGAUCACCUUCAACAGCAGGACUAAGGAUCCUGUGGAGGACGUCUUUCUUACCCAUCUGGAAGUCGAGUUCCCCGACUUCAGACAGUUCAUGGCGUCGGCGAAAGAUAAACAGAGGAAGAGUUCAGGGGAGCUUUGCGGAGCGGUAGUCUCGAUGAAUUACAAACGGGUGACGCUAAGUGGACGAGAUGUCGACAAAGGACUCUCGGUCAGAAUGACCGGCGCUCAGAUCAGCGCUAUCCCCUCCAAUGAAGCAGAAGACCUGAACUGUUUGACGCUGACGCUGAACGAAUCUCCGACCAAAUCUAAGAACAACAGCGUGACGAGUAUUCGCAGCAAUAACAUAAAGAUUCGCUCUCUGGAGAGUCGAACCUUCACUCUCACGCUGGACAAAGAUCCUCACAGGUUCUACAAAGAUGUGAUGAGCGUGGAGAUCACCCCGUGUCUCGAUCCGGGAUACUGCGUCCAGAAAACCAUGCGGUCCAAGUUAAAGCUGGGAGACAACAAAGACGCCGGCCUGAGUAAAUACAUGAACAAAGGACUCCCUCUACCCAUCAACACAUUCGCCGGCAUCAUCACAUGACAUGAUGUAAGGACGACGCGGAGAGGAACGUUUACAAUGACGACUGUCGGAGCUUUUGUGUUUGAUCGUGGAAAACGCUGGUCGUUUGUUGCUUCCAUGGCAACAGGAAGUCCCCCGUCUGACAUAUGAAACCAUGAGUGGAGUCAUCUCUGAGCGGCUCCUGGAACCAGAACGUUUCAGUUCUGUCAGGACCGACAGCCAAAGUGUGCAGGGAGACAUCUUUCUCUUUUUGAACACAAACAGUCUUUUUGGAACAACCUGACACCUCCUCUGACAGUAACGACAACAAAAUGUAAUCAUGCCGCGGGGACGAUUGAACACCGUGUCGCUCUUCAGGGAUGAAGUAUUGUUUAUGAUAUUAUUUUUGAGGCCUUUUUUGCCUUUACUGGACAGGACAGCUGAAGAGAGACGGGAGGUGUUUGGGAGGAGAGAGUGGAGUGUGGGGGGAGGACGUACAGCAAAGGGACAACGUCGGACCCACAACCGCUUGUACCCUCUGUACAUGUGGUGCACAACAUAACCGCUAGGCUAUCCAGCGCCCGUUGUAUUCUGCAUACCUGAAAACAAUCAAUUCGUAGAGGCAGAUUUUGUUGAUGCCAGAGAACAUCAUCAGCCUCAUUCACCAAAAUCUUCUUAACAUCUUUCUUAAAUUCGUUCUUGAGACAGAAAAAAAUCGAUGAACGCCACGUCCUCCUAAACUGGAGGCUCGUGCAUGUUUUUCACAAUCAGCACAGACAGAUUGACGCCUGUUAUUGUCAUAAAAGGAACAUGAGGCCGCAGAGAUGUGAAGACGCAGCGGAUUGGAAAAGAGAAGUCGAGAGAAGUGGGUAACCCCGAUAGUUACUGAAGUAGUUCUGAAGCGGAUGUAGUGCUUCUUGAAUGAAACCAAAACAGGCUGUUUAAACGAUAUGAUGUUUAGAAGCGUCAGUAGAGGAUUAAAAAUAUGCAGGACACACAGACACAUCAGGUCAUAGCACGAGUUCAGGCGGCGCCGUCAUCAGAAAUGGCGUUCUUCACGCUGUAAUGAGAAAAGAACACCAGAUGAAGUAGAAAUCUGGAAGAUAAAAAUAAGUGGACACAAAAA